AUGGGAUGGGGGCGCAAGAGGCGGCUGCGCGGGGCCUUGCCGACGCGACGGCCCAUUGACGACACCGUGACCCACAUACCGGGGCUCCAUUCAUGCCGCGGCCUCGCGGACGUCUUUGCGCGCGCGCAGGACCAGAGCCUGCGAACUCGACACUCGCCACUCGCCCGCCGGUGCCAUGUCGGAAUUCCCAUCGGCCAGCCAUUGCGCAGCCUCGAGUGGCCGCAAUUGGAGCCAAUCUGCAGACCGAGGCCGCUCCAGCACCACCGCACUUAUGCGUGUUUGAUAUUGGCCGAUGGAGUGUUGAGGCUAGGCAGCGCUAGCGGGGGAGAGCGGGAGGCGGAGGCGGUGCGGGGGGCGAAGGCCCGGCCGCCAGACAGCGGGGCUCCGCACGGGAGGCUAACAGCAGCCUCUUGCAUAGCGUCGAUCGUUCGGCGCCCGCCGCCGCGACAACACAGUCCGCUCCACUUCGACACGAAAUGCAAUCGAUUC